CUCGUGCAAACGAACUUGUUCACAACCCAGUUCCCGAAUAGUUCAACUAGAACAUAAGGAAAACAAUUCAAUAAAACAGAGAAACAACAUGGACAAGCAUCGUUUGCCGCUGCCAGAGAUGAGCGAUGAUAAGCACCGGCACAAACAGUUCAAUGGGCAUUUUGACAGCAACCGAUUUCGACCGCCCAAAUACAAAACGCGUUACAUUGCCGUCGAGAACAACAAUUUGAAUCGCAGCCAGUCGUCGGGAUCCUGCAGCGCCAACAACUCACAAAUUGCGCACGCGAUCUCAUUUCGCGGCGGAUCCGAGUGCUCCGAUGCCGGCACAUUGCCGGUCUCACCAAAUGCUGCCGCAGCCUCACAGUCGUCCAUGUCCUGCAAUAAAAGCCAUUUCGAGGAGUGUUUCGAGCGUUUGGCAAAGCUGGGCGAGGGCUCCUUUGGUGAAGUAUUCCAGGUGCGAGAUCGUUCCGACAGCCGGCUGUAUGCGGUCAAAAUCUCCAAGCAAUUGUUUCGUGGCGAACAGUAUCGGGCUGAGCGGCUGGAGGAGGUGCGUCGCUACGAGGAGUUCUCCGGCCAUGAGAAUUGCAUUCGGUUCAUACGUGCCUGGGAGCAGUACGAUCGGCUGUUUAUGCAAAUGGAGCUGUGCCGCGAAAGCCUAGAGCAGUAUUUGUACCGUUGCCGACACAUUCCAGAGGAGCGCAUCUGGCACAUUUUGCUGGAUUUAUUGCGUGGCCUAAAGUCGCUGCACGAUCGCAAUCUCAUACACUUGGACAUUAAGCUGGAUAACGUGCUCAUCGACGACGACGACACCUGCAAACUGGCGGACUUUGGGCUGGUCAUCGAUGUGGACAAAGCGAACAACCAUCAGGCAACAGAGGGCGACUCCCGUUACAUGGCGCCCGAAAUACUGCAAGGCCAAUUCUCCAAGGCCGCCGACAUAUUUAGCCUGGGCAUCGCAAUGCUGGAGCUGGCCUGCUACAUGGACUUGCCCUCGAAUGGACCGCUCUGGCAUGAGCUGCGCCAGGGCAAACUGCCCGAGGAGUUCAUCAACACAAUCUCCGUGGAACUGCAGCAGGUCAUCAAAUGUAUGAUGUCGCCCGAGCCGCGACUGCGGCCGACUACGGAUCAGCUGCUAUCGCAUCCUCGGCUCCAGAGAAUGCAAAAGGAGGAGAAAUCAAUGGUCACAUUAAAGCUGCUGUCGAAGUGCUUUCGCCGCUCGCGACGUGCGCUGUGGAUAAAAAUGUGCAAUCUGAAGACUACUGCGUACCGUUGCCUCUUCUACAUAUUGGAAGUCUUGCACUUGUACAAGCCGCUGACGGCACCGAAGUCCGCUACGUAUGGCAAUGGAAAUGCGGUAGCAGCAGCGCCGGCAUCGCCAUCAGCAACCGUUCCUGGUGUGCCUCGUGUAGAGUUUCAACUGGUGGGCUCAACGCCUAUAGGGAAUCGAGAUUGUUAUGUAUCCGAUUUUCUGUUAGCCAUGGAUACACUGGAGUUGUCACAGCAGGGCACACCAACAGCCUGUGGACGAGAGAAUUUGGUCAAUUCGACGCCCCUGAAUCAUAAUCACAAUAAGUCCAAUCGUCAAAGAGGUUCCAGUUCGGCGCGUAAAUCCCAAGCGGAGAACAGUAAUUUAUUGGCCAAGGACACGAGCUGCUCGCGUGCCAAUGCUUCCACGCCAAAAGUAUUGGAGACGUCAUCGUUUCGGCGUAUUAGAUUAUUUACAUUAGACAGCGAUGAGGAGUGAACUCCAGAGAUAUUGCAACGGAAUGAAUUUAUGGAUAUGAAGCCUAUACAUAUAUCAGUUACAAAAAGAAACCCAUACAUAUGGCAAGAAUAUAUAUCGUUAUAAGUCAUGAAUAUCCCUAGUUAUUAGGCCCAACGAUUGUGUAAUGUUAACGCUUCUUUAGAAGAACUUGUUGUUAAAAGAACUUUGUUUUUAUAAAGUAAUCCGAAUUGUAAAAGAUAAUACAUAUAAGCAUGUGAUAUAUAUACGAAAUGCGAUUUGUAAAAGCCGCAAAAUUUAAAGAAAUCUAUCAUAACAUUUUCCAAUUCAAUUGCAAUAAAUAUUAAACGAGAACGAACUA